UUCUCACAUUUUAAACAAUGGAUCCAAUGAGGACUGCUUUGCAUUUAGUUUUUCAUGCAUCAAGAAGUUUCCGUUAUUUGGUUUCCACGUUAUUUUGAGAAGUCAUCAUUCAGCGAAACUGACCUUUGCACUUGAUCGACCUGUGUGAACCCUGGUGUGGAGAGAAAACGGCUUGCAGCAAGGGGAGACGUUUCUGCGUGUCAGGUCAUAUCAGGCCUGCUAAAGAUGGAUCCUGUUGGUAGACAGCAGCUGGACUGACUACACAAGUACAUGGGAUUUGACGUAAACUACCUUGUUUACCUCCUGAACAACACCCCAUAGCUCCCCACCGCUCCUCUGGUCUAUCUAUUGCCUGCUGGGUGUUUACACUCAGGUCUGGAUUAGAUCCAAACUCCAAAUUGACCCAUAUUUCCCCAAAAUGAAUUUCGACCAGAUCCUCUCUGCCAUCGGAGGCUUUGGCAAGUAUCAGAAAACUUUGUACGUAUGGAUCUGUUUACCCCAGAUCCUCCUCGCCUUCCACAUGAUGGUGAGCAUCUUUACCGGAUCCACGCCGCCCCACUCCUGCCAGGAGAGCUCGCUCUCAGUGGCCGGGAAUAAGUCCUCCUUCCCCGGUACACUCAGUGUGAACUUCAGCCUCUCGAAUUCCUCCUGCUUUUAUUCCGAUGUGCUGCAGCUGCAGGGCAACCGGACUGCGCGCGUCCCAUGUACACACGGGUGGGUGUACAGCAAAGAGACUUUUCAGAGUACAACAGUCACCGAGUGGGACCUGGUGUGCGACAGAGCUGGACUGAACAGUCUGGGUUCGUCUCUCUACAUGUUUGGUCUGUUGGUGGGAUCUGUGCUGUUUGGAUCCAUGGCUGACAGGUACGGCCGACGCUUCAUCCUGCUGCUGUCCAUCGCUCUCCAGACCGUGUUUGGAGUCGCUGUGGCCUUUGCACCCAACUUCCCCGUCUAUGUGACUCUUCGCUUUCUAGUUGGCACCACGAUAUCUGGAGUCAUCAUCAACGCCUUUGUACUUGGCACUGAGUGGACGUGCACCAAGAGGCGCAUGCUCGCCGGUAUCACCACCGACUACGCAUUUGGUCUGGGCUACAUGCUGCUCGCAGGCUUAGCGUACUUUAUACGAGACUGGAGAAAGUUGCAGCUGGCUAUAUCAGCCCCGGGCUUCCUGCUCGUCUUCUAUAUAUGGGUUCUUCCUCAGUCUGCCAGAUGGUUGUUGGCCAACGACAGGAGGGAGGAAGCCAUCGCACUCCUCCGCAAGGCAGCGCUCGUUAACGGGCGGGUCUUACCUCCUGCUGUACAAGUUGAGAAGUUCGGCGGAGGGAAGAGAAGUUAUUCAGCAGUGGAUCUCGUACGAACACCUCAGAUGAGGAAAAGGACAAUCAUCUUGUUCUUCCUCUGGUUUGUGAAUGUGCUGGUGUACUACGGCCUCUCACUGGGCGUGUCCAGGUUGGGGACAAACCUCUACUUGACACAGUUUGUGUUCGGGUUGGUUGAGAUUCCGGCUCGUUCUCUCGUGCUGCUCGUCCUGCCCUUCAGUCGCAGACUCUCCCAAAGUGCAUUUCUGGCUGUCGGGGGUCUCGCCUGUCUGCUCAUACUCGCUGUCCCUGCAGAUUAUCCCAAUGUCCAGACCGGUCUUGCCCUGGUGGGGAAGUUUGGUAUAACAGCUUCCUUUGCUAUAAUCUAUGUGUACACAGCUGAGAUAUUCCCCACUGUGCUUCGGCAAACAGGAAUAGGUGUAUCCUCCAUGUUUGCGAGGAUGGGCGGCGUGUUAGCUCCCAUUAUAAACAUGCUGCAUAACCACAGCCCCGCUACACCUCUGCUCAUCUUCGGCACCUCCCCGCUGCUGGGCGCUGUCCUGGCCCUGGCGCUGCCAGAAACUGCCAACAGACCUCUUCCUGACACCGUGGAGGACGCAGAGAACUGGGACAUAAGGUCGCCUUCCAGCAAGGAGAACCCUGACAUGUCUGAGGAGACGAGCCAAUCAGCAAGCAGCAUCGAGGAGCAGGAGCUCCGACGUCUAGCGAGCCAGGCAUAACUGUGUGUGACAGGAUGCACACAUAUUAUACAGCCUCAGCUUUGUGUCCAGGUACUGCACUUAAGAUGAGACACUACAGAUGGAAACAUACGUUUUUUUCAUGCUCUGGUAAAUUGUUUUGAGAUUUUUGGCUCCUUAAUAACACAAAAAAUACACAUUUAGGAGUUUAUUUUACGACUUUGCAGCGGUAGAUUUCUACUAAAUCCACCAAACGUCAGCCCUACAUGAAGCCUCAUUUGCAUAUUCAAACAUAUAUCUUCAGACAUUGUUAUGAAUCAACUGGUGAGGUUUUAAUGGUGAUAUCUAAUAGUUAAAAGAUUUAAUCCAAAAUGCAAAGAAAGAAGCCAGAAAUCUCCAACUCAGCAGCACUUGCAUUCACCGAGAACUUUGAACAUGGUUUCGCACAAUGUUCAGAUUUCUGUUCCGGGAAACGUACGCACAGAUUUAAUAACAUGCCUGACUUUGACGGUGAGAUCUAUCAGUUUACCAAUUAACUCGCAGUGUGUCGUCUCUACACUUCAUCCUCUACACGCAGUACAUGAGGAUCUGAUUAAGAGCUCCAUGUAAACCCACUGAACCGGCACGCAGGUGAACACGCGCACAAAGCAGGCAUUCAUAUUUGAUGCCAAGGCAAAUCAACAGCCGACUGUUUUACGAGAUGCAGUUAUAAACCUUUGGUCGUCCUUUACGAUGUUCCAUUUCUCAAAUGUUUACACCUUUAUUUCAAUUUUGAGAAGUGGUUUUGAUAUAUUUUUACACGCAGUAUGUGGGGAGACGGGAUGAAUCAUUCCCCUUCAGACAGAAACGUCUGUUUAUGUGUUGAUUUGAAGAACUUUAGCAGCCGGCCUCUCUGAAGCAGAGCGCAGUCCUGUUUAGCAGAGAGUGUUAUGACUUCGU